AUGCCUUCCCACAUAGCCUGGAAUGUGAAGGUCCAGGAUCAUCCGGGAUCGUCAAGACAAGAUAUUGAUAAUGAGCCGGACUGGAAAAGUGAUCACCAGCAUCGCAUUGGCUUCCGCAAUCGGCAAGAUCGAGUUCCAGGCUUGACGCAUGCCGACGAUGAAGACGAUAGCAAUGUUCCGGAUCUGAUCAAUUCUGCAAGUUCCUCGGAAUCAGAUGACGAGCGACAAUUUGAUCAGAAGGCGAAGAAGAGAUUCGAUGAUCUUAGGUACAGGGAGAAGGAGGGCGAUUUGGUCAACUUCCGAGACAUUAUCACGGACCAGACUGACUUUCACUUGCGAGACUCCAAAGACAGAAGUAUCGGAUGGCGGUACGUACUUCAGGCGACCGAGGAUUGGGUGAAGAACGAGCAAGAGUGGCCUGCAAACAUUAAGAAGCGAGAGCAGGAGGAAGAGAAAGACAAGAAGCAGCAAACUAAUGACAAGCCCACUCCCGCCGAGACAGGCCAGGAGGAGAACGAUUGGAAACGCCAACAGGGCGAAUCCAAGCAUCACGAUGCCUACGCAGCAGAUGACGAGGGCUCGAAUGAUGACCAAGGAGAAAGCUCCGAGUAUGAGAAGCUCCUCGAACGUUACAGUCCUCAAGAGAUUGCCUUACUCAGAGCGUUGCAGCAUGAGAAAGACUACCGCUACAAGCUUCAACAAAACGAUGGCAAGAGGAACAGCCCGCAGACCCACAAUCGCAGCACCAUAUCUAUUGACGAACAAGAUCAGUUCUCGCCUGAUAACUGGCUUCCACGCUCUGAUAAUCUGGUAAGGUUGACAGGCAAACAUCCAAUGAAUGCAGAAGCAGACUUGACAAGGCUAUUCGACGGCGGUUUGAUCACUCCCAACGAACUGCACUAUAUUCGUAACCACGGCGCAGUCCCACGACUUCUCUGGGAAUUUCACGAACUGGAAGUCGAAAAUGGCAAAUUAGUCUUGUCGAUGAAUGAUCUAAAGGACAAUUUUGAACACAUCAAUAUUCCUGUUGUGCUCGCAUGUGAUGGCAACAGGAGAAAGGAGCUGAAUAUGAUUCGACGGUCGAAAGGCUUCAACUGGGGAUCUGGCGCGACUGGCUGUGUGUACUGGAAAGGACCAUUGCUACGAGACGUCUUGUUGGCAGCCGGAGUACAGCCUGGCAGAUACACAGGAGAAGGCAACUUGCGGUGGGUCAACUUCGAAGGAGCAGACGAUCCGAGCGAAGGGAAUUAUGCGACCAGCAUACCUCUGGACUAUGCAAUGGAUCCCUCUAAUGAUGUGCUCCUCGCAAUGUACAUGAACGAUGUACCUCUACCGCCAGAUCAUGGCUACCCCGUACGCGUGCUCAUUCCUGGAUAUGUCGGAGGGAGAUGUGUCAAGUGGCUGAAGAAGAUCUGGGUCACCGACCAUGAGAAUCAAAGCCACUAUCACAUAUGGGACAAUCGAGUACUGCCCAGCUUCAUCACAGAAAAGGAUGGAGAGUUUGCAAACACUAUGUUCGCGCAUCCCGACACCGCAUGCAACGAGCAGAACCUCAAUAGUGUCAUAGUCAAACCCGCCCAGGGCGAGAAGAUCUCUCUCAGCAAGGCCAAGCGAGGACAGACUUACAGAGUCGAGGGUUACGCCUACGAUGGCGGAGGACACGAGGUCCAACGCGUGGAGGUCAGUUUGGAUGGAGGAGAGACCUGGCUCUAUUGCAUCCGCAAGUUUCCCGACUACCCCAUCAGACAUGGCAACAAAUUCUGGGCGUGGUUGCACUGGUAUGUGGAUGUCUCUAUCGUGCAUAUCUUGCAGGCACGAAGUAUUUCAGUGCGAGCGUGGAAUGUGUUCAAGAACACACAGCCAGAGAAGCCGAGUUGGAACACUAUGGGCAUGAUGAACAAUUGCUGGUACGUUGUCAAGCCUGAAUUUCAACAGACAAGGGACGACGACAUGCCGCACAUACUCUUUCGGCAUCCUGUGGAGCCUGGUACUGGCGACGGUGGGUGGAUGAAGCCCAGCGUGGAGAAUCAAAUUGCUACAACCAAGCAACAAGCCGGUACGCCUCAGAAGCAGUUCACAAGACAGGAGAUCGAGAAGCACAGUACGGAGAAUGACUGCUGGUUGGUGGUGGACCAAAAGGUAUACGACUGCACUUCGGUACUUUCGUGGCAUCCUGGAGGGAAAGCUGCGAUUCUAGGUCACGCUGGCAAAGUCCACCAAGAGACCAGUGACGAAUUCGCCAGUAUUCAUGACGGGUUUGCAUACCAGAAGCUGAAAGAGUGCAUCUUAGGGGUUGUCACCGACAAGGCCGCGAACUUCAUCAAAGCCAACGCUGAAGCUUCUGCGAAGGAGAAAGCACAGAGCAGCCAAAAAAGUGGCGACGUCGUACUCCAAAAGCAUAGAUGGGUGCCCGUCAAACUUGUCGAUCGAGAGUCGCUUUCGGAAGAUACCCGAAAAUACACAUUCUGCCUGCCAGAUGAUAUGAAAGACCUCGGUCUGGGUACAUGCCAGCAUAUCCAGCUUGGCUUUCAUUUGAAGGACAAGAUGUUGAUCCGGUCGUAUACUCCGACCAAGCCUCUUCUCCCAGAUCCCAAGAAGGUCAAAAAAGACAAGGACCCGAAAGUCAAUGGUACGAAGCCAAGCAAGGAAGUUGUCAGCAUGCAAGACGGCCAAGGCACUUUCGAGCUCGUAGUAAAGACCUACUUUCCCACCACCGAGCAACCAGGCGGUGCAAUGAGCAACCUCCUCGACUGCAUGCCCCUCGGCGAAGAAGUCGAGAUCCGCGGACCAACAGGAGAAAUCGUGGAUAACGGCAACGGCCACUUCACAAUCUCAGACCAAGAAAUGACAUUUAAAAAGAUCUCACUGGUACUUGGCGGCUCAGGUAUCACCCCUGGAUAUGCGCUAAUUGCUCGAGCACUCCUGGGCCAGGGAGAGAACAUUCAAGUGCGUGUGGUUGAUGCGAACAAAAGUGAGAAGGACAUUCUCUUGAAAGAUGAACUUGACCAAUUUGAGAAGGAGAGCAAUUGUAGACUGAAGGUGACGCACGUUUUGAGUCAUCCGAGUGAGAGCUGGAAAGGAUUGAAGGGGCAUGUCAAUGCGGACAUCAUCAAGGAGAAGCUAUUCCCACCGGAGGAUGGCAGCGUGGUCUUUCUGUGUGGACCGCCUGGGAUGAUUCAGAAGGCUGCUUUGCCGGCGUUGAAAGAUUGGGGGUAUGAAGAGGAUAAGAAUAUGUUUGGUUUCUGA